AUGCGGCGGGCUAGGAGCUCCACAGCCGCCACGCCGCGCGGGCAGAAGCGGCCCGGCGCCUCCGCCGCCGCCGCCGCCUCGGCCCCCAACGACAGCCGCUCACGGCGCGCCGCCGGCAAGGCCAGGGCCGGCAGCCAGGCGGCCAGGAAGCCGCCGUCGGCGAAGCGGGGGCCGAGGCACUCGCCGCCGCGGGCCCAGGAGGCGGGCCCCGAGGAGCCGCCGGCGGAGCUGCCGCCGCCGCCGCGGGCCCCGACCCCGGCGACCCAGACGUCCUCGGUGUCCACGCUGGACCUGGGCGAGCAGCGGGAGCGCUGGGAGACGUUCCAGAAGCGGCAGAGGCUCAGCUUCGAGGGCGCCGCCAAGCUCCUGCUGGACACCUUUGAGUACCAGGGCCUGGUGAAGCACACAGGAGGCUGCCACUGUGGAGCGGUCCGUUUCGAAGUUUGGGCCUCGGCGGACUUGCACAUCUUUGACUGCAACUGCAGCAUAUGCAAGAAGAAGCAGAACAGACACUUCAUUGUUCCGGCUUCUCGCUUCAAGCUCCUGAAGGGAGCUGACAGUAUAACCACUUACACGUUCAAUACGCACAAAGCCCAGCACACCUUCUGCAAGAAGUGCGGCGUCCAGAGCUUCUACACGCCCCGCUCCAACCCCGGGGGUUUCGGAAUCGCCCCGCACUGCCUGGAUGAGGGCACCGUGCGGAGCGUGGUCACGGAGGAGUUCAACGGCAGCGACUGGGAGAAGGCCAUGAAGGAGCACAAGACCAUCAAGAACAUGUCCAAAGAGUGAGCUGCUCCUCUGCCUCCCUGGCGGGGAGGGCUGCGCGGGGCCGGCAGCUCUGUGGUCCCCGUGGCACCUCGGCGGUGCCCCAGACGUGGCGGGCCUGGGAUGCUGGCCCUGUUGGCCGCCGCCACCCUCGUCACUGCACUUGGCUCCAGCUACCGGUUUCUUUAGGCAGCUCUUUUCCUUCUUCGGCCUGGAUUUUGACGUAGGCUAGUUGACAUUCUUCCUUUUUCCCCCCAACUUUUGUGUGAUCUUUUAGAAAAUAAAUAUUUUUUAACAUCAAAGAAGUU